UUCCUAGUUACUCUUCCUUGAAAAAAGGUGAGUGAAGCGAGUAACUUCACACUUCUCGGUGUGUCAGUCCCUCUACCUGCAACGCAUUUCGCUGGUUCUCAGUUCUCACUCUCUCUCACGAACAAAGAAAUAAAAAAAAUGCAGAACGCACAGAGAACUGAAGCAGAACGGUUGCUAGGGGUAGCAGAGAAGCUCUUACAGAACCGAGAUCUGAUCGGGUCAAGGGAAUUCGCCAUCCUCGCUCAGGAAACGGAGCCUCUUCUGGAAGGUUCCGACCAGAUCCUCGCCAUCGUCGACGUCCUCAUCGCCGCCGAGAAGCGCGUCAACAACCACCCUGACUGGUACUCCAUCCUCCAGGUGGAUCGCCGCUCCGAAGACAUCGACUUCAUAAAGAAGCAGUACCGCCGCCUCGCCCUCCUCCUCCACCCUGACAAGAGCCGCUUCUACCUCGCCGAUCACGCUUUCAAGCUAGUCGCCGACGCAUGGAACGUUCUGUCCGACCCACUGAAAAAGUCUCACUACGACAAGGAGCUCUUCUCCUUCUUCACCCGGGUCGAUUUGUCCGUUCCAAGUUGGGUCCAGCAAGAUAAGUUGCCGGUUCGCAGGACUGGGCCUGGGCUCGGGUCUGGGCCCAACUUGGGAUUCGAUCCGCGGAACAGAGGUAGCGCCGGCGUGAGAGACGAGAUUUCUUCGGAUGAGAACUCGCGGAGGAGGACAGCGACUUUCUGGACGGCGUGUCCGUACUGUUACCGGUUGUACGAGUACCCAACGUUUUACGAGAGUUGUUGUUUGAAGUGCCAGAAUUGCGACAGGUCCUUCCACGGCGUUGCGGUUCCGUCUUUGCCGCCGCUUGUGCAGGGACAGGAGGCUUAUUAUUGCUGCUGGGGUUUCUUUCCUAUGGGGUUCGUCAUCGGAAGCCUUGGCUCUGCAGAGAAAGAGGCUGCGCCGCCGCCACCACAGCCCGCACAGCAGCCACCAGCACCACAGCAAGCACCGCAACCACAGCCACAGCCUGCUUCUACACUUCCGAAUUGGAUGCCUGUUCCGGCGCCGGCGCCGGCGGAUAAUGGUAGGAAUAAUGCUGAACCGACGGUGGUGGUUCCUAGGGUAACUAGGAGGGCAGCUGCUGCGGCUAAUCGGAAUGGGGUUGCUUCGGGAGCUGUUACGCGGACUCGAGGUAGGCCACGGAAGUAUCCUCGGCCCUAGUGAAGAACGAGGUUUUAUAUAUAUUUUUUCUUUUUAUUUUGUCUCUAGAACAAUGUUUCAGACGGCAUUUGGGUUUUUUGAUUGUAAACUGCGAAGCUUGGUUCAAGAUGUGGCUGAACUUGAAGGUGCUUUGUUUGUUGAAAUAUGAAGUGUUAGCGAGACUUCGCUAACAUGGUGAUGGGGAUCAAAGAAGGAUGGAGCUGCUUCGGCUGGAAAGUUUGUAGGUACUGUUGUGUUGUUUACUCUUGUUUUGUAGAUAUAGUUAGCUGAUUGUCUCAACUCAUUGGUAUAUUUAAUUCUGUAGUAUCUGCUAUAGAGUUGUUUCACCUAGUUGUUGAGGAAGAGAACAAUGUCACUGGUUUACUGUAAUUUAAAUUAGAUUCACAGAGCCUUGGCUGCUGAUUUUCUUUUUGCAA